GAAAUCUACAAACGAAGAAACAUUGGAAUGCGCCUGUAAUAUUUUAAAGCACGCAGGGAAGUCAUUAAACACUAAAGUUGCGUUCAGAAAACUAGAAGAGUAUACAUCUUUGGUGAACAAAACGAAGAUUUAUGAUAUUGGACAUAAGAACUGAAAGAAAACAAUUGGGUACCUCGAAAUGCCCGUACAAAACCGACAUUAUGCCCCAAAAAAGAGGUUACAAGCGUGAGAUAAUCGGAAUAUAGACCAUCCACGUAUGUGCAGUACAAACCUGCGGUAUUGCCAACGGACGAUGAACGCGUGAAAACAAUCCGUCUUAAUGAUUCGUCAUCAGCAAUGUGUGUUAGUGAUGCGAUUAAUGUUAAAAAAUCAUCAGUAUUGGCAUGUGUAAGAUCCGAUACCAGUUCUACAAAUAGAUACCAAUCACUGGAAAACGAAAAUACUGGAGUACAAGAGAUCCGAGAAAAAUAUCGAAUCAUUCUCGACAAUUUUACUUUAGAAAAUAUAAUUUCGUUGGUGGAAAGCAUGACUUUACUGUCAAUCAACUCGGAUGCUUGUCUGAUAAAUAUUGUUGAAUAUUUUUUGAAAAAGGCUUUAGAUGACCCGUUAUUGGCACCAGAAUACGCACAUGUUUAUUUGGCAAUGAAGAACAAGGAAAUUCAGUCAGGAGACUACAAAAAACUAAACACUUCGUUUACGAAACUUUUGAUAAACAUGUGCAAAGACGCGUUCGAGUCUAUGUUCGACAGAAAACGUAUUGCGGCCAAAGAGCGGAAACAAAUUGAAUCUUGCAAAGAUAAAGUAUGA